GUCACUCUAUCAACGCCAACGUUCUCAUUUUUUUUCUCCGCCAUUUCCCCUCUUUUUUUGGGUCUGAAAGUUCAACUCUUUUAUGCAUUCCUCUCGGCCAAACCAGUUGUGCUCUUCCACUAGGGGAGCAAACCCCAUAACCCAGCAGCAAAUAUGACGCCAUGGCACUCUCUCUCUCUCUCCAGGAGAAGCCGGAUAUCGUCGCCGGUGGACUCGGAUGACCCGUAUGAUCAAACCCGACCCGGAACUGACUACCCAAUCGAGACCGGUAAUCUCGCCGCGUCGCCGUCGUGGUCUUCCCUUCUCCCGGAGCUCCUCGGCGAGAUCGUGCGCCGCGUUGACGAGAGCGAGGACCGGUGGCCACAGCGACGCAGCGUCGUCGCUUGUGCCGGCGUCUGUAAAAAGUGGCGGGAGAAGACGAGAGAUAUCGUCGAGUCUUCAACGGUUGGUGACGACGACGAUGAUGAUAAUGGCGGGAAAAUCUCCUUUCCCUCUUGCCUCAAACUGGCGGGUCCACGCGAUUUCCCCAACCAAUGUCUCAUACAAAGGGAUAGGAAGACGUCGACUUUUUACUUGUAUCUUGCUCUGACGCCAUCAUUCACAGACAGGGGGAAGUUUCUUCUUGCAGCGCGUAGACAUAGACGUGGUCUAUACAUAGAGUAUAUAAUCUCAAGUGAUGCUGAAGAUUUAUCUCAAGGAAGCAGUGCAUAUGUUGGAAAAAUCAGAUCGGAUUUGUUUGGAACCGACUUCAAGAUCUAUGACAGCCAAUCUCCCCACGAAGAUGCAAAGCCUUCCAGCUGCAGAGCUAGCCGAAGAUGCACAAGUAGACAAGUAAACCCUCAAGUUUCAGCAGCAGCAGCAGCAGCCAAUUUCGAGGUGGGGAAAGUUUCUUACAAGUUCAACCUCUUCAAGUCAAGAAGUCCGCGAAGAAUGGUCUGCCCGAUGAAAUGCCCGUCUUCUCAAAAGGCCAAGCACCCGGAAGAAGAAGCUUCCAAGACGAAGAAUCCCCGGUGUGCAGUUCUGAAGAACAAAUCCCCGAGGUGGCAUGACCACCUGCAAUGCUGGUGCUUGAACUUUCAUGGCCGUGUCACAGUUGCCUCAGUGAAGAAUUUCCAGUUGGUGGCAUCACAGCAAGCAGGCUCCAAGUCCAGUGGGAACAAUGUUGUGUUGCAAUUUGGGAAGGUCGGAGAUGAAAUCUUCACCAUGGACUAUAUGCAGCCAUUGUCGGCUUUUCAGGCCUUCGCCAUCUGUCUCACUAGCUUCGGCACUAAGUUGGCCUGCGAGUAAUAUGUUUCUGCUCUUAUUUCCUGCAUGCCUUAUGAUGACAUCUAUACAUAUAUACAUGUUCGGUUGAUUGCCA